GACACAAAACAGGUGGGUUAAAUUCACACCGAAAAUAACGGAGAAGUGUCUGUCAGACCGAAUUUUGCAGCAGCGGAAAGUAGAGACCAUCACUCUGCCUCAUCAAGUUUCCACAUGCUGCAAGAGGAGCAAGUCGACGCCGCGCUGCUGGCCGACGUGACAGGUUUCUUGGCGGACUGCAGCGCGUCAGCUUCAUCAAUAGACCGACAACGGAAGGCGCCGCCGUCCUUCAGUGACGAUGUGCUGGUCCUGGACACGCACCAGCUCAUAGCGGAGACGGAGACGCUGCUCUCGUCCCUCGAGACCACGGCACAGGAACAAAUAGCUUCCAAUACUCUAUCAAGUUCCGACGAAGUUACCAUCACUAGUGACCACAAAUAUACACCCAAGACGGACGCAAUGCCGGCUGAAGAUAGACGUGCGUAUCGAAAUGUUCAGGCUGCCAAGCGCCGACUGAAGUACCGACAGAAGCUCAAAGACGAGAAGAAGACGCUAGAAAGUCAGGAAAUAGAGCUCUCGGGUGAGUUAAGCAGGCUACAAAGCGCUCAAGAGGCUGAGAAGAUGAGGUAUGUGGACAGAAUGUCGCUGAGUGUGUGGAGAUCCAUCGCUACGAGGCAGAAGGAAAAGCGUCUGGAGGCUGAGCAGACUCAGAGACAACUGAGAGCUGCAGUGGUCGGCCGAGCGAGGAUGAUCCAUCAGAUGAAGGCACUGCUACAACGACCUUAUGUGCUGGAGGAGAAGAAUAUGCUGUAUGGGGAGGCUGACGGAGGCCAUGCCGAUGGUUCUGUGUUGUUUAAGACUUUUGUGAGUGAAUUGGACGCGAUUUACGCUCAGACAGACCAGGUUAUGCGAGAAGUAAGCUUUAAAAUGUCAACGAGGUUGACGUACAAGCCGACAAGAAGAACGAAACAAGGUGUAGAGUUGUUCGACAGCGCCGACUCGACGACGAUCCCUUUUGCGUUCGAAGACACCAGUCGUGCGAUAUCGUUGCUGAUGAUGACAGAUGCAGACAUGAUUCGUUAUAACCAACAGGAUCAAGAACCGAAGGAUGUAGCUACAGUGACGUACAACGUCAAGUGUCCACUUGAGAGAGGGGAAGUUGCUGAGCUGAAAGUCUACGCGGCGGUGGGGAAGGUUGAAAAGACUGAUCGUGUGGUGUUCGUGUGGCGUUCUCUCACAGAGGGCCAAGACGAUUUAUCGGGAUAUCACACAGACGAAACUGGGUGGCUUGUUGUGCGCCCACAACAGAUUGGCAAAUGUCCUUCUACGGUGUUAGAGAGCUACGUACGAUUCAUACCCAUGAGUAUCGGAGCUACAGCAAGCACCAGAGUGGAUACAGAUCGGUUUGCCAAAGUGGUUGCAAAGACAGGAGAGGAGGAGGUCGAUGAGAUGAUGCGGAUGCUGGAAAAGAUGCUGCUUGGAGAUGAUCAACUCGACCCCAACGCGUGUUCCGCAUCUUGAACAUAUAGAAUAUUAAAGUCGCUGAACGUAUAGUAUACUAAAGUCGCGUCAGUCACCGUCUGGAUUUUAAUCCAGAUUCAGGAUCUGGAUUUUUAAUUUAAGAAUACUAUAGUAGGUCUCUAAGUCGGCUUUUAUAUUGUCCAGCACGUGUGGAAUUUGGCGG